GGGUUUAGGGCUGGGAUGCAGUUGGCUUUCUAUGGAAGUGAAAAAGGAGAGCUAAGUGACCCCUGUCGGUGGCAGCGGAGGAGCUGGAGAGGGAGUGGAUUUCUCACACACACACACACACACACACACACUCUCUCCCAGGCCCGGAAACAAGCAGCUGGCUCAGGGGGAAGAGUCCCUCAGCCUUCUGGAAGCGGGAUGUGGCAGGCACGACUGUUUGCCAUUGUGCUCAUCUCUGUCCAACCAUGCUGCACUUCUGGGAAGUUUUCCAUUCUUCGUCAGAUGUUUAAAGGUGUCAACGUUUCUGUUCCACCAACGGUAGGUGUUGACCCCGGGAAACCGCUCUUCCUCACUCCGUAUCUGGAAUCUGGACAAGUUGAAAAAGCCAGGGAACUGAGUUUAGUGGGGCCACUAGAUGGGCCAGUUGUGAAGAGCUACUCGGGCUAUUUGACAGUGAAUAAGACCCAUAACAGCAACCUUUUCUUCUGGUUUUUCCCUGCGCAGACAUGCCCUGAAAAUGCCCCUGUACUGCUCUGGCUUCAAGGUGGCCCUGGAGGUUCAUCAAUGUUUGGUCUUUUUGUUGAACAUGGGCCUUACGUUGUGACUAAAGACCUGACAUUGAAAGCCCGGAAGUUCCCAUGGACAUCAAAGUAUUCAAUGCUGUACAUCGACAAUCCUGUUGGCACUGGCUUCAGCUUUACUGACAAGACUGAUGGUUACGCGCAAAAUGAAGAUGAUGUUGGGCGGGACCUGUACAGUGCCCUUAUCCAGUUUUUUCAGAUAUUCUAUGAAUAUCAGAAGAAUGAUUUCUAUGCUACAGGAGAGUCCUAUGCCGGAAAGUAUGUGCCUGCAAUUGGUUACUAUAUUCAUAUUAACAACCCCACUGCCAAAGUAAAGAUCAACUUCAAGGGAAUAGCCAUUGGAGAUGGAUUCUGUGAUCCUGAAGUAAUGUUAGGCGGUUACGCAGAGUUCAUGUACCAGAUUGGGAUCGUCGAUGAGAAACAAAAGCAGUAUGUCCAGCAGCAAGCAGACAUAGGAGUGCGUUACAUCCAGCAGAAGAAAUGGGUAGAAGCCUUUGAUGUUUUUGAUACUAUGUUGAAUGGUGACAUGAUUGGAUAUCCAUCCUUUUUUGAGAAUGUCACUGGAUGUACCAACUACUACAACUAUCUCCAGUGUACGGAGCCGCCAGAUCAAAGUUACUUCAUGGGCUAUUUAUCACGGGCAGAAGUGAGGAAAUCCAUUCAUGUGGGAAACCUGACCUUCCACGACGGAUCGGAGGUGGAGCAGUACCUGUUAAAAGACAUUAUGCAAUCAGUGAAGCCAUGGUUGACCAUAUUAAUGAAUAACUACAGGGUGUUGAUGUACAGUGGCCAGCUUGAUAUCAUUGUGGCAGCUCCUUUAACUGAGCGUAUCCUGCUUACUGUGCCAUGGUCUAAAGCUGAGGAAUACAAAAAGGCAGACAGACACUUUUGGUUUGUCAACCCUGGUGACAAAGAAGUGGCUGGCUAUGUUCGAAAAGUUGGGGAAUUUUAUCAGGUAAUUAUUCGAAAUGGAGGACACAUUCUGCCAUAUGAUCAACCCGAAAGCUCAUUUGAGAUGAUUGACCAUUUCAUCUCCAAGAAAGGAUUUUUCCUUUGAACUUUGUGGUGGAAUGAAUUCUGUGGAGCAGGAUGGGGAGGAGAUAAUGAUAUAACUAAGUAUAAACAUUCUUGUGCAAUGUGAUGAAAACUUUUUGAACCACUUGUCAAGAGGUACAAGAUGUGAAUGGAAAAAUAAUUGCUUUAUAUUGUGGAUUUAUAACUUUUAACUACUUCCUAUUCCCAUGUGUCAAGUAUUAACAACCUCUUAUGCCUUAUCGCCAGAUGUGUUAAAAAUGUCAAUGAAUAUUUCCUCAAUGGGAAUAAAAAUUAUGUUGACUUUGAGUAAACUAAUUGCAAAUUCACAAUGAAGUGUGU